UUUAGGUAGGUAUAAAUUUACCGAGCAUAAGUUCGGUAAGUGGGUGCAAAUAUAUCGAGUUUAGUUAUGGGAUCCAACAUCAUUGAAAAGGAAUGGCGCAUCAGCCAAAAAUAUGAUGUGAUUAUGAAUAGAGUGAAAAGUGCUUUAUCUUGUCCCCACUUCAGGUAUGUUUGGUUGUAGUUGACUGGUUGUUGCUAUUUCAAAAUCUCAUCUUCUUUCAACUGCUUCCAUUCUUCUUCUACUAGUUUUUAAAAAGUGAAAGGCUUUUUUAUCAGUAAUUCUGAUCCUCACAAUCUUGUUGAACUCAAAAGUCUUGCAAAGAAAGAAGAUGGCAGUGACGAGUACAGAUCAGUAUCAGGCAGGAAUCGGCUCCAAUUACGACCGGGAAACUGAGAUAAAAACAUUUGAUGAGUCAAAAGCUGGUGUUAAGGGACUCCUUGAUGCUGGGGUGACAAAAGUCCCACGCAUGUUCCACCGCGGACAAUUUAGCCUUGAUGAGAGGCCAGGAAGAGAAUCCCACAUCAGUAUUCCUAUCAUAGACCUUCAAGGCAUCCAUAAGGACUCGACUGUACGUACAGAAGUCAUUGAGAAAGUUCGAAAUGCAUGCGAAAAAUUUGGUUUCUUUCAGGUUGUUAAUCAUGGAAUUCCUGUUACUCUUUUGGAUGAGAUGAUAAAUGGAAUGCAAAGGUUUCAUGAGCAGGACACUGAGGUGAAGAAAGAGUUCUAUUCACGCGAUUAUGGGAAAAAGGUGCUUUAUCUAUCCAAUCAUGAUCUGUACCAAUCAACAGCAGCUGAUUGGAGGGAUACAUUUGUCUAUCUUGUGCCAUCAAAUGCCCCAGAACUGGAAGAACUGCCUGCAGUCUGCAGAGAGAUAGUUAAAGAAUACUCGGAAAAAGUAGUGAAGUUGGGGCUUGAUUUCUUGGAGUUAUUAUCUGAGGCUCUUGGGCUAAAUCCCAGCCACCUAAAAGACAUGGACUGUGCUGAGUCGCAUCUUCUUCUUGGCCACUACUACCCAUCAUGCCCUGAACCAGAAUUGGCUUUGGGCACUAAGGAUCACACUGAUAGCAGCUUCAUUACCAUACUUUUACAAGAUCAAAAAGGUGGCCUCCAAGUUCUGCUUGAGAAUCAAUGGGUUAAUGUUCCUCCAGUGCAUGGAGCUCUAGUUGUCAAUGUUGGAGAUCUCCUACAGCUCAUCACAAACGACAAGUUCAUUAGCGUGAGUCACAGAGUACUAGCGAAGCAUAUUGGGCCAAGAAUUUCUGUGGCUAGUUUUUUUAGACCCUUUUUUCAGGCUGGCUCAAGAGUUUAUGAACCAAUCAAAGAGCUGUUAUCGGAAGAAAACCCUCCGCUAUACAGGGAAACAGAUGCAAAAGAAUAUCUCAUGCACUCCUCGAAAGGGAUUGACGGGAUCCAUCCUUUACAACAUUUCAAGUUGUGAAGAUGUCUUCUUGUAAUGACUCUACCAUCCUCCAUCAAUAACGAAGAAUUAAUUAAAGCCAUCCUUAUAUAAUGUAUAAUGCAUUAUUGUUACAUACGAUUUUCUGAUUAUUAUUAUUGAAUGGAUUAUGAAUACGACUUUACA